UGCAUUUUUCCACCUACAGUUUCUUACGGCGUAACAUUUUCCUGCAGACCUGUCGUGCAGCCGGGUGCUGCCUGUCCAGGGGUGAAUUGUCCUUGGCAAAUGCACCAUCUUCCUCCUGAAGAAGACCCUUUCAUCAGUUUUGCCAACAUCAGUUUGCAUGCUUCUUGCCUUCUCCUGUAACUAUACCUCUCCCACCUCUGCACUGUCUGCGGUUUUAACAACUAUCCUGAAUGUACUUAAUUUUCCAUAAAUAGCUAGGACAUAAAGCUCUCCCAUCGAUGGGAUAUUCUGCAGUUGCUCUUAAUCAUGUCAUCGAUUUUAAAGAAAAGAAACAGGAAAUCGUGAAGCCAGUAUCUUCUUCAGAGUUGUUUCCUUCUUUGCCUCUUGUACAAGGGACGUCUAAAAGAAUUAAAGUGUUAACCCGGCUAACACUUGUUGUUUCUGAUCCUUCCCACUGUAAUCUCUUGAGAUCAACGUCUGCAAAUAUAAGGUUAUAUGACAUCAUAGCAGUAUUUCCAAAGACUGAGAAACUGUUCCACAUUGCUUGCACGACCCUAGAUGUGGAUCUGGUGUGCAUAAAUGUAACAGAAAAGCUGCCAUUCUACUUCCGAAGGCCCCCUGUGAAUAUGGCAAUAGAUCGAGGCAUUUACUUUGAACUUCUUUACACGCCUGCCAUCAAAGACUCCACAAUGAGAAGAUACACAAUUUCAAAUGCGAUCAGCCUGAUGCAGAUCUGCAAAGGAAAGAACAUUGUUAUAUCUAGUGCAGCUGAAAGGCCUCUGGAACUACGAGGUCCCUAUGACGUGGCUAAUCUAGGUUUGCUGUUUGGGCUGUCAGAAAGUGAAGCCAAAGCAGCUGUGUCUACCAACUGCAGAGCCACCAUGCUCCAUGGAGAAACUCGGAAGAGUGCCUGUGGGGUAGUGUACACUGUGAAGAAGCCUCGCAAGGUUGAGGACGAAGAAACCACACUGCCAGCCUGCAAAAAAGCUAAGACUCAAGCUUGAGGACUGAACUAAUUGUCAACAGGAGCCUCCAUCCCAUCUUUACCAAGCGUUGAGUCCUCCCCCAUCCUCCAGACAGCCCUGUUCCUCCCUUAUUACUUUAUUUAGCCUGGAGAAGAAUUAUUCUUCUGGUGUUCAAGUGAGGAAAGCUGUGGGAAUGAGACUGCUUGAUCAUGGUUCACCACAUCUGAAGGGUCAUGCUGGGCUUCUGGCCAAGGUCAGGAGACUGUCUCUUCACCCUGUCUUAGAUCUUCUGGAAUUACUGCAAACUCAAUACUAUGUUUCUAACACAUGGAAGUUUUCAGUUGUACAAGUGCAAGUGCAUUCCUUUUUUUAUUAAAAAUGUUUCUAAGAAUGCA